AUGCUUAGUGUCAUAGAUAAGUAUAUUGGUAAACUCCUUGAAACUCCAAGUGAAGAACAAAGAACAAUUGUACAAGAAUUAAGUAAUACAAGAUCAGAAACUAAACGAGCAAUUUAUCUUGGGAUGUUAAAGAAUAUAUUAGAAUUAUUAAAUGUAAGGAAUAAAGGGUAUUCUAUUGUAUUUAUGAAUCAAUUAACAACUGACCUUCAACGAUCAGAAAUAUACCAAACAAUGCCAGUUUCUAAAAGUGAAAUAUUGUUAUUAACAAAUAUUGUUAAUGAUAUUGGAUAUCGUUUUAAUUCAGAAGAAAGUUUAGAAAAAGUAGUUAAAGCACAAAGUAUAAUUCGAGGAUUUUUAUAUCAUAAAAGAUAUUUAACAUAUAAAGCAUUUAGUGCAACAAAGUUUCAACAAUAUAAUUCAUCAUUUUUAAAUUUACAUGAAAAACAAAUUCAUUAUGUAGAAAAUAUAGAGACAUUAAUAUAUUAUUUAGAUGAAUUAAGAGCACAAGGAAAAUUUAAAAUUUUAGGAGAAUAUCCAUAUAAAAAUUAUUAUAAUUCACUUACAUCAAUUCUUAGUUUAGAAACACAAUUUAAAAAUGGAUUAAAUGAUAUUUAUGGAACAUUUCCUAAAGUUUCUGGAGUUGGAGAAGUUGUAAAAAAAUAUUGUGAAGGAGUUUUAGAAGCAUAUAAAGAAAUUAAUUUACAAGGAGCAGUUGUUAUGGCUACAGUGUUUUAUGAAAAAGAAAAUCCAUAUUUUAAAGAAGUAUAUGAAACAUUAUCAAAAGGACAAACAUAUGCAUUUAGAUAUCUUCUUCAAAGUUUUCCAAGAAUUCAACAUUUUAGUAAUUUAAUAAAAUUACUUACAGUAAUGAAAGAAGCUGUAGAAAAAUUAUCAGAAUAUAAAGAAGAAAUAGAACCAUUAGAAGAAGCAUUAAAAGAAUUAAAUAAUAUUAAUAUAAUACUUCAUGAUACUAUUAAAAGUGAACAAAUGAAUAAUAAAGAAAUAACAAUUAAAACUAAUGAAACAACUGAAUUUUCAUCACUUUUACUUAAAAUUAAAAAAGAAUUUACUAAAACACCAUCAGUUGUUGAAGUUUAUUUAAAAUUAGGAAAGGAAAUAGGUAAUAUUGAAGAAAAAAGAUUUUUAAAAGAAACAAGAGUUACAGUAGAAAUAUUACCAAAUAUUGAUAAUUAUCCACCUAAUCUUAAAACAAAUACACAAUCAGUUAGUUUUGGUUCUUCAAAUCAUCUUACAGAAAAAAAACAUUCAACUUCUUUAAGACCUAAAUUACAAAAAAGAACAAAUAGACAAAAAGAAGAAGCAAAAUUAAAAGCAAGUGGUGAACUUAUGAAAGAUAUUGAAGUAUUAAAAAAUAAUGAUUUAGAAACUAUUAAAUUUGAAGCUACACUUUUUAUUAUGAAUGAUAUUAUUUAUGUAAGUAAAAUGGAUUCUUUAGAAAAAUAUCAUAUUUUAACUGAAAUACCAUUAACUGGAAAUGGAUUUAGUGUAAGUAAUUGUAUUGGAAAUAAAUUUAAUAUUGGAUCAAAAGUUUUUGAUUUUACUACAUCAUUUAUUAUACCAAAUGAAGAUGAUGCACGUAAUUUAUUCUUGUUAUUAAGAGAAGUAUUCUUUGUUCAUUCUCCACCUAAAUUAUUUGGUGGAUCAUUAGAAGAUAUUUUAGAAAGAGAAGGAAAUACAACAGGUGUUCCAUUAUGUAUUAAAGCAUUAGGUGAAUAUUUAAUGAAUCCAAAUAAUUUACAAACAGAAGGAAUUUUUAGAAAGAAUGGAGCGUCUAAUAAAGUUAGUAGAUUAGCACAUGUAUUAGAUCAAAUGCCUGACCAUUUUAAUUCAUUUAAUGAAUAUGCAGUUCAUGAUAUAGCAGCAACAUUUAAGAAAUUCUUUAUGGAUAUGUCAGAACCAUUAUUUUCACCAGAAGUUGUUGAUUUAUUUAUUAAAAUUGUUAAAGGUUCUCCUGAUGAAAAAGAUGAAAUUAAAAAAGUUAUGAAAGAACAUAUGAAACCAAUGUAUUUUAAAUUGGCUGAUUUCCUUAUUCAUGUUAUUAAGAAAACUGUUGAAAAUGAAAAUGUUACAUUAAUGAAUGUUCAUGCUAUGAGUGUUUGUAUUGGACCAGCAAUUAUUCGAUCAACAAAUGAAAUAGUUGUUCAACCAAAUUCAAAGAAUAAUGAUGUAGAAGGAGCAGUAACAAAAGUAACAAGAUGCAAUGAAAUAUUAGCAGAAAUUAUUUCUGAUUGUGAUUUCUUCUUUCAAUAA